CCAGCUGUGACCCGGAAGCGAUCGCGGCGGCGGCUUCCUAGCUCUGCGGUAUGGCAAUGGCGCGGCCAGCAAGUUGCUGAGGUUCUAGGACUCCGGCCGCGAACGCGAUGGUCUUCCUUACGGCGCAGCUGUGGCUGCGGAACCGCCUGACCGACCGCUACUGGCGUGUCCAAGAGGUGCUGAAGCAUGCCCGGCACUUCCGGGGGAGGAAGAACCGCUGCUACAAGUUAGCCAUCAGAGCUGUGACUAGAGCCUACGUGAAAUGCACCAAAGCCCGAAGACUGAAGAAGAGGAACAUGCGGACACUCUGGAUUAAUCGAAUUACAGCUGCCUCCCAGGAACAUGGCCUGAAGUACUCAGCAUUCAUGGCCAAUUUAGUUAAGUGCCAGGUGGAGCUCAACAGAAAAGUGCUUGCAGAUCUAGCCAUCUAUGAACCAAAGACUUUUAAAUCUUUGGCUGCUUUGGCCAAAAGGAGGCGACAGGAAGGAUUUGCUGCUGCCUUGGGGGAUGGAAAGGAGCCUGAAGGUAUAUUUUCCAGAGUGGUGCAGUACCACUGAUGGGGCUGCAGCAGUGUUAAUUAGAAAAGCGAUGUUUUUCCUCCUAUUAUAAUGACCAAAGUAGGAGCAAAAUAAUUACUUAUGGUUUGUAGUUGCCUAUUUACAUUUUAAUAAUAGGUCCAUUUUCUCUCAAGGAGAUAGAUUCACAGGACCAUCUUAUGUAUAUUGUACAAAUAAAGCUGUGUAACAUUUA